GACCCACCAACUCCUUCCUUCCUCCUUUCCCUUAAAAAGAAGUUCAAAAAAUUCUUCCUUCCUCCUCAUGCCCUGCGGUCCCGCCCCGCUCUGCUUUGCAUAUAUAGCAGCUCGGCUGCCUCGCUUUGUUUCCCUGCUAUAUUUCGCUCUACCAGCUUACUCAUCGCUCCCAAUCAAUCAUUGGCUGCCUCCAUUAACUAGUUACACUACUUGCUGAGGGAUGGAUGAUGUGUGGUGCAGCCUGGACAUGGCCGCCGACAUCGCCGGCCUCCACAGCGCCCUCGCCGACCCAUUCUGGCCCGCCGACCUUGACCUCAUGGUUUCCACCGACGAGGUGGAGGGUAUGGCCGACAUGGACGCCAGCGGCAUCUACGUAGGAGGAGGGGAUGACCGCUUCAUGCUGCCGUCGUCGACCACGUCGUCACUCUCGUCGAAGCGAUCACUCUCCCAGGACAGCGGCGGCUCCUCAGGCUCAGGGUCCUUCACGCUCGACCUCGCGGACGCCUCGCGGUACCAAGCGCCGGCGCCGCCGGCGCCCCAUAACCCCUUGGCGGGCGCCGCCGACCACGACGACGAGGCGAUCAUGCGGGCUAUGAUGGCGGUCAUGUCUUCGUCCUCGGCCUCCCCGUCCUCCUCGGCAUCCUCCCAUCCGCAGCCCUUCUGCCGGGACCGGGACAGCAGCAUGCAGCAACAGCCAACAGCCAUGGCGCCGCAGCUGCGUGGAGGAGGACCAAGUGGCCACGUGAUGGUCAAGAGCAGCCUCUCCAUGUCGCCGGAGAGAAGCAGCAGCGGCGGGCGGGGACAGCAGCAGGAGGAUCCGACGAGGGCCGCGAGUAACAACACCGGACAGCUCUACCACAUGAUGUCAGAGAGGAAGCGUCGGGAGAAGCUCAACGACAGCUUCCACGCGCUGAGGUCGCUCCUUCCCCCCUGCUCAAAGAAGGACAAGACGACGGUGCUGACUAAGGCGGCGGGGUACCUGAAGACAUUGGAGGCGCAGGUCUCGGAUCUGGAGGAGAAGAACAGCAAGCUAGAGAAGCACAUCCCAUCCUCCGACUCCGAGGAGGACGUGCCGCACCAGCAGAGGCGGCAGAGGGCCAAGGUUCAGAUCACCAAGGCGGCGUCAUCGGACGAGGUUGUGAACCUGACGGUGAUGGUGAUGGUGGAGUGCGACGUGGUGGAGCUGGUGCUCCGCAUCCUGGAGUGCCUCCGGUGGAUGGAGCAGGUCAGCGUCAUGUCCGUCGACGCCGACACUUACUCCCCGCAGGUGCUGCUCAAGGCCAUCGCCAGCAUCAAGCUCCGGAUCAUGGACGACGACUGGAACCAGGCAUUGUUCCAUGAGGCCAUGACCAAGGCAGUUAACGACGCGACCGCUUCUCCUCCUCCGCUCGUGCCCACUGCGUAGCACGCACCAAGAGGAAGGAUAUGUGUCCCGAUCCCAGGAGCAAAUCGUUGCCAUACGGAAGGCUAGGUUAGGUGGUUGAACGUUCCCCGCAAAAAAAAAAAAAGUAAUCUGAUUGCAGUAGACAGAUGGGCACGCCUGCUGACUCACUCUGCACCGACAAGACCAAGACAAGCUACGAAGCACCGAUACGGCGACACGGGUACGGCGAUACGGGAUACGGCAAUUUCUAAAAACAUCAAUACGGCGAUACGGCAAGCAUAUAUAUGAAUAAUAAAAAAUUAACAUGUAAUAAAAACUAAAAUAAUAAAAUGUAUGCGAUGAGAUGAAAAUACCGUUGCUUCCAGGUCCUCAA